ACGAUUUCUUGACUGAUUGCAGCAGUUAUAUAUAGAUAACACGGGCGCCAUUGAUAGUCAUAGACCAUACUCUCUCGCAGCGCAGGUGUAACAGCAACAGCUAAUACAAAUGACCUAAAAGUAUUUUACAUUUGUCUUACUGGCGGAGCUAACGAAGAUGGCACGAAAUCUAUUGUGGAAGGACCUUACUAGCCAGCAGCUUGAAUCAAUCCGUCACCCACAUCCCAAGAAAGGGCUGACCGGGCGCGACCUCUUGGCGAAGUACACUGGGCUGACGGACUACCAACAGAACAGGAAAACAGCUAUUCAUUUAGACCUAUACAUAAGCACACUGCAAUUCGGAGAAGAGCAAAGAUUCUCUAAUGAUAAACUGUCGGGACUCUUCUCGAUCGUCAAAACAGUCCACCAUAAGUCAAUAGACGAAGCGCUGACGAUGGAGCGCUCGUUCUUGCUGUUCAAGGAGCUUCUCCUGAUGCACAGCGUGCAGCGACCGCCGUACAGCCUUGGUCUGUUCACGUACGCUGAGAUGCGGAAGAUCAUGGAUUGGAUGCUAGACAGCUAUUACCGCCACUACAAGCUCUACCAGUACUCGUACACUAGCCGGAUCACCCUGAGUGCCACAUACACAAACCCGUACGACAUCCUGGAACUGCCCCUGGAGUUGCCCCCACUGGCCAAAGCACUGACGCAAGCGGAACACGAUGCCGUACUGACCGCGGAGGAACGGCAGCGGGAGAAGGAGGCUGCCGCUGCUGCCGCAGCCGCAGCCGCAGCUGCCGAGGCGGAGAGGCAGGCUCGCCUGCGUGAGGAGUACGAGGCGGCCAUUCCCGAGGAGGUCAAGGAUCGAGUGGCGGUGGCGCUGGAGAGGGAGCUGACCCGGUUGCGGCAAAUUAUGGAGGAGCAGUUCGCUGCGCAGCAGUCCGAGCUGCUGGCCAAGAUCGCAAUGCUGGAGGCGGGCGGCGGCGGCGCCAGGCACGCGGCAGCUGCGGCGGCGGCGGCGGCAGCAGCGCCGGCCACGGGCGCACCAGCGGCGCCGCCGCCAGCACCACCAUCCUGAGGGGUGCUCGGUUUGCUUCCUGUGAGGAGCGAGCCAGAAAGCCAAGCGGAACUCUUAACAACGGCGGCGGGAUUGGGGGCAGGAUGUGGCGCUGGGCUGUCGCGUAGCGUGUCUCUGAAAGCAUGGGGCCUGAGAGGGGAGGUCGAGGCGUGCGU